GAGAAAAGGGGGGGAUUUGGGAAUAUUCUUUGUCCUCACCCCGCAGUACAGCACGCAACUGGAGAAGGAGACGGAGGCUCCUCGUUUGGGGGGAAAAACUGGAUGGCUUGAUGUUAGAACUGGGGGGCUUUCUUUUAGUAAAAAGAAACGAAGGAAAAGCUCUCGACUUAAACGACAACUUCAACCAGAGGAGCUAAAAUAACAAGAGAAGGUCUGACAGGUUCCCUCCUGCUCCACCGGCAAAAUGAGUUGGAGCUUCCUCACACGUCUGUUGGAUGAGAUUUCCAAUCACUCCACCUUCGUGGGCAAAAUCUGGCUCACCCUCCUCAUCGUCUUUCGCAUCGUGCUGACGGCGGUUGGGGGCGAGUCAAUCUACUAUGAUGAACAGAGUAAAUUUGUGUGUAACACACAGCAACCUGGUUGUGAGAAUGUGUGCUAUGAUGCAUUUGCGCCGCUGUCGCAUAUUCGCUUUUGGGUCUUUCAGGUGAUUAUGAUCACCACCCCCACCAUCAUGUACCUUGGCUUUGCUAUGCAUAAGAUUGCCCGCAUGGAGGACGAUGACUACCGUCCCCGGGGCAGGAAGAGGAUGCCCAUAGUGAGCCGUGGUGCCAACCGGGACUACGAGGAAGCAGAGGACAACGGGGAGGAGGACCCCAUGAUCCUGGAGGAAAUUGAGCCAGAAAAGGAGAAGGAAGUUGCGGAGAAGCCCAGCAAAAAACACGAUGGACGCCGUCGCAUUAAGAGAGACGGCCUGAUGAAGGUUUACGUGUUUCAGCUGCUAUCACGUGCCAUCUUUGAGGUCUCGUUCCUGUUUGGACAGUACGUCCUUUAUGGGCUGGAAGUGGCGCCGUCGUAUGUAUGCACACGCUCUCCUUGCCCGCACACAGUGGAUUGCUUCGUCUCACGCCCUACAGAGAAAACAAUCUUCCUGCUCAUCAUGUAUGCUGUCAGCGCCUUGUGCCUGCUCUUCACCGUGUUGGAGAUCCUCCACCUUGGCAUCAGUGGUAUUCGUGACUGUUUUUGCGCGCCACGAUCUCGACCUCCCACGCCCCGCCACCCAGCUCUGGCCAGCCAGAGGUCCUCCAUCUGCCGUCAGCCCUCUGCGCCUCCAGGUUACCACACAGCUCUGAAGAAGGACCCAACAGGAAAAAUGGGCUUUAGGGAUAACCUGGGAGACUCGGGCCGCGAGUCAUUUGGGGACGAGGCUUCAUCGCGGGAGCUGGAGAGGCUGCGCAGACACCUAAAGCUGGCCCAGCAGCACCUGGAUCUGGCUUAUCAGAACGAGGAGAACAGCCCGUCACGCAGCAGCAGCCCAGAGUCCAAUGGCACCGCAGUUGAACAGAACAGACUAAACUUUGCCCAGGAGAAGCAGAGCAGUACAUGUGAGAAAGGUCUCCGUGCAUAGGUUGUCAUCAGCCUAUCGAUUCACAUCAGGAGCAGUGAGCACACAUAAGGGAAUCAAACAGGGAGCGUGUGCAUGCGUGUAUGUGUGUGUACGAGACAUCAUGAAUUUGCUUGAGGUGGAUGAAGUCAGCCCAAGCCUUUCAGUGUUACGGCCAUCUGCGGCCGAGCAUCGAGUCGAACGGUCGUCUCAACCCAGCAAUACUUGAGACGCCAGCCUGUCUGAAGAUCCAAAGUGCUUACAAACUACCAUUGUGCAACAAGAACGGAUAAGGUUAACUUGUACUUCUCCCUCAGGGCAGCUAUUCUUCUUUUAUAUUUUUAUUAUGAGACUUAGAGCUAUUAGUCCUUUUUAAGAGUUUGUUCUCUGUUGGAAGUUCAUAGUGAGUGCAUCUCAAGUUUGCCUUAGACCUAAACUGGAACUCCAUGUUAUGAUAUUUUGUUAAGGUAAGGCCAAGCCAGCUGUAGUGCGAAAAGCAUGUUUAAACUGUAAGAGUUGAGUCUUUUUGUGAGGAAGUGAAUCAGUGAGCGAGUGCUUGUAGAUGCAAAGAAAAGGUUAAUGGACAAAGCACCACUCUUGAGAGAAAGGUACUGGAGUGACUGUCAUACCGAUGAAGACUUUUUGAUGUGUUUUCAUACAAAGGUUUCUUUCAAGUGUGUCGCUUCCCCCACCCCACCCGCCCUCCACAAUGUUGGCCCUGCACCAGUCAACAUUCCCAAGUCUGGUGCCUGGUAUAGUAACUGGAACACACUUGGGGUGCCUUUGUCCAAAGGAAUAAACAAACCUGGAUAAUGCUUGAAAAAAUGUUACUCUUGAUAUUGUCUUGUAUUUGAUACUGUUCUUUAUUUUUAUAUUAGUUUAGAGUAUUGUGGUAUUGAAGAGGCUGAUGUCACUGUGGCCAACACUAUUUUUAUUUUUAUUUUUAUUUUCAAAGAAUGACAUUCACUACUGUCUUACCUCCCCGAAGCCCCAAUUUAACCCAUGGACUUCUCAAAAUGGUUUGGUACUAUUCAGUUCAACUGCAACAGUUGUUUUUCUUUUUAAUAACUUCAUUUUUAAUACUCAAUAACCUGCAGCUUAUUUUAUUAGGUACACAUCAUCUUUGACCAGCAGAUAGUUUUUCUUUUUUCAGUACUGGACCCAAAUGUAAUCGUAUCUGUUGGUUGAAUAAGGGAGAAUACUGUGUCAUGUUAAUGUUUCAUGUCUGAAAGUGCUGAUUUUUGGGAUUAGUGUUAUCACUGUUCCAGAAUCUCAAUUAGGAGUGUAAAUGAUGUAAUCAUUUCAAUGUGAAUUCAGAUGCCAUCUUUUGUAUUCUAAAGCAUACCCACAGUGCCAUUAGUGCCGACUCAAAUAUUGUCAUCUCAAGUUAUUUUUGAGCAAUGCUUUUUGUACUUUUUAUACUUUUUGUAUUGAUAGUACCUUGUGGUUAGUUUUUAAAAUAAAUUUUUUUCAACAAAUACCAGUUUUCAAA